CGUGACAGUAGUGUAGCCGUCAUUGUGCGUGCGGUAGGCUUGUGUGCUGUUUAUUUUCCCUGCUAAAAUGCCGGACUUAGCGGUUGAAAACGUGGUCGUUCACCCCCUGGUGUUACUCAGCGUAGUCGAUCACUUUAACAGGAUAGGAAAGGUUGGUAAUCAGAAACGAGUGGUUGGUGUCCUCCUGGGGUCAUGGCAGAAAAAAGUUCUCGACGUCUCCAACAGUUUUGCAGUGCCAUUCGAUGAGGAUGACAGAGAUGACUCUGUUUGGUUCCUGGACCAUGACUACCUGGAGAACAUGUAUGGCAUGUUCAAAAAAGUUAAUGCCAGAGAAAGAAUAGUUGGAUGGUACCACACAGGACCCAAACUACAUAAGAAUGACAUUGCCAUCAAUGAGCUCAUCAAGCAGUACUGCACUAAUUCGGUGUUGGUCAUUAUAGAUGUGAAGCCCAAAGAUCUUGGUCUACCCACAGAAGCAUACAUCUCUGUGGAGGAAAUACAUGACGAUGGCACUCCAACAUCCAAGACAUUUGAACACGUGACUAGUGAGAUUGGAGCUGAGGAAGCAGAGGAGGUGGGAGUGGAGCACCUGCUCAGGGAUAUCAAAGAUACCACAGUGGGGACUCUGUCCCAGCGCAUCACAAACCAGGUUCAUGGCCUAAAGGGACUCAACUCGAAGCUGCUGGACAUUCGUGCAUACCUAGAGAGAGUGGUAGCAGGCAAACUUCCAAUUAACCACCAGAUCAUCUACCAGCUGCAGGAUGUCUUCAAUCUGCUGCCUGAUGUUAAUUUACUGGAGUUCACAAAAGCCUUCUACCUUAAGACCAACGACCAGAUGCUGGUGGUCUACCUGGCCUCGCUCAUCCGCUCUGUGGUGGCUCUGCACAACCUGAUCAACAACAAGAUCUCCAACCGAGACGCAGAGAAGAAGGAAGGACAGGAAAAGGAGGAAGGCAAGAAAGAGAAGAAAGAUGACAAAGAGAAAAAAGAUGAUAAGGACAAAGACAAGGAGAAGGAGACGGGAGACGGUGCCAAGAAAGAUGAGAAGAAGAAAAAAUGAGAGUCUCUCCUUUAAGAUCUUCUCAAAUCAUCUUCAUCUGGAUGGUGCUCUACUUUGUGCCCACAGCCACACUUUGAUGUAUGUGGGUCUCAGGCUAAAAGUAGGGCUCUAUAUAAGGAAUGGAGUCAUUUGAGAUUUGGCAUCACAAGUGGCUCUCAGAAAGACUGUUAUUAUCAUUCAGAGGUGAAGAAGAUGAUGAUGAUGAUGAUGAUGCUUCUUUGGCGUUGACAACAUGUUCAUUGUUUUCAUAGUUGCCCGUUACCCUGCUAUUUCUUUUUUGUAAGAUGGAGAAAUAUGUUUUGUUUCUGUAUUACUUAUUAAAUUUGGAUUAUAUUCAAAAA